UGAACGCGGGUCACAGGUGAACGCGGGUCACAGGUGAACGCGGGUCACGCUGCAGCAGGUCACAUAAUAUUUAUCCGUGCAUGUGUUUCCAAGUGAAGGUCUGUUAGAAAAUGAUGAUGUCAUGAUCGUGAAAAAACUAAAUUAUAUAAUUUAAAAAAAACAAAAGGCACUUUCUUCAAAUUUGGACGCAAAAAUUAACUCUGUCUUUGUCGCUGUCUCCGUCUCCGUCUCUCUGUCCGUCCAGCUGCUGGCGGAGCUGGAGAAGGACCCGAAGCUGGUUUACCACAUCGGUCUGUCUCCGGCGAAGCUGCCCGACCUGGUGGAGAACAACCCGCUGGUGGCCAUCGAGAUGCUGCUGAAGCUGAUGCAGAGCAGCCAGAUCACCGAGUAUUUCUCCGUGCUGGUCAACAUGGACAUGUCUCUGCACUCCAUGGAGGUCGUCAACAGGUUGACCACGGCGGUGGAUUUACCUCCGGAGUUCAUCCACCUCUACAUCUCCAACUGCAUCUCCACCUGCGAGCAGAUCAAAGACAAAUACAUGCAGGUACAGUGCAACAUUUUAACCCUUUCAAACCCAAACCAAUUGGUUUGAUCUCGUUCAAAAGCACAGAAGAUAAUCAGCAACUUCAGGAGAAAAGGCCGAACUUUGUUAAAAGAACUUUGUAAAAAGUUACAAAGA